GCAGCAGUGGGCGUGGUCAAACCCCGAGCAUCACGUGCACGUGCCGUCAGCACCAGCACUCAGAGGAGAGUGAGGAAGCGCUGAGAAAGUUGUUUUUGUUGCUAUCAGGACCACCCGCAAUGAGGGUGCUAGGUUUUCUUCCUUCCAAUGCGGGGGUGGGGCUCCAGGCGGGGAUGGGUUUCCAAGCAACGGCGUUCUCCUCCCCGAUCCGCGCGAACACACCGCUUCAGCAGCCGCCGCCGCCGCCGCCGCUUGGCGUGGGGGUCUGCUUAUCGUCACCACCGGGUGCAACAUCAAGAACAAGCAGCUCCCGCCGACGCCCUCACCGGCCGUAUGCCUCGCUGUUUGACUCUGGCGACGAGAACAAUGCCCGGGACGACUCCCCUGGCCCUGGCGACGCCGACUCUCGGGGAGAAGCGCCAGAAUCAAAGAGCGCCCCUUCCUCAUCGGAAAGUGGGGUGAAGCCAGUGCCUCGAGUUGACGAGCAAAUGACGGGGAGUCUCGGCGACGCCGAUGCUACCGGGGAGGACCCACCACAAGCAGAGGGCGAAGCAGCUGCGACUGGAGAAGGCGCAGAGGAGGAGCAAGUAGACUGGGACAAGGCCUGGGCGAGCACCCGGCAAAGAAUGGAGCGGGAGAAGAGGGCGGCGCCGGCGUUUUCGGGCCGGAAGCAGGUCGUGGCUACCAAGAACGAGGACGGGGGUUACGACUUCGAGGAGAUUUCGGCGGACGGGUCUAGCAGGAUGCGGGGUGACAAUGGGAGAGGGGGGUUUGGGUUCGCCGACAGCAACCAGGUGGAGGACGGGCCGGGGAGCAUUCGCAGGAAAGAGCAAGAAACCGUCAACUUCGCCACUACGAACCAGGCGUUCGCGGGCUUGUUUGCCAUCCUCCUGGCGUCCCUGAUCUUCGAGGUGUACGUCUACAUGUCUGGAGGGAUCACCAAUGGUUCGACGCGGUUUCAGGACAUCGGCCAACCCACAACGUACGACGCGUUGCCAUUACCGGCGACGCCACCGACAGACUUGGAUUUGGUCGUGUGACGUUGGGGGCAAAACCUGGCGCGGGUGAUGACGUCAGCAUUCGCGCCAAGACGAACAAGGAGCCGGCGGGCGCGGCAAACAUGUCUCGAACAGCCCCCCCAAGAAUCCCUGGAAAUUUCAGAAAGCGCUGCGAGGGGGGGGAGCGCACGGAUCAAACACGACCUUAUUGCGAUAUCAGGCCCCGUGUUGCAGUUGUAUCGGCUGCGGCAUGACCCCACCCGCUGCUGUGGGUAAGGAAUGAUGCAGGGUCUGGAUUUCCGUUGCUCGGACAGCGUUGUCUGUAUAUGGCGGGGGUAGAUGUACAUAUUUGGGGGGGGGACUUUACCCUUGCCACAGUUGUGGACGACGGAAUUUCUUGUAGAGAACCCUAGCAGUUGGUGUUGUUUCGCGAGUUUGUUCAGUCUCACGUCUGUUGUGAGUCUUGGUGGCAGAGGAUGUUGUCGGGCAUGCGCCCUCGGUUCAAGUUUCGACGAAGCCCGCCGUGGUCUAGAUGGCACCGCCACCGUGAAGGGUGCCGUACCCAAUUCUAUCCACUCCGUGACUUGUGGUAUUGGCGCGAAGGUGCCCCAGUUUGCGCUACAUGUAUGAAUCCACAAUGUUGUCGUUUGUAAACGCAUGAUCGCCUUUCCGUAGCACCUGACAAAGCUACCACCCGCAUAGCAGAGUGUCUCGAUCGGAGAUUGGUCAGGAUAUGUAUCGAACGGAAUACGUUUUGCCUCCUCUUUUCUGCUGCGACUCUGUACGAAUCGGAUCGG